GAAAGCGAGAGGGAGACUGACGUUGAGAGAACGAGGAGGAAGGAGAGAAAAUGACGUCCACGGAUUACAGUACCUACAGCCAAGCUGCAGCCCAGCAGGGCUACAGCGCUUACGCCGCCCAGCCCACUCAAGGAUAUGCACGGACCACCCAGGCGUAUGGGCAACAAAGCUAUGGAACCUAUGGACAGCCCACUGAUGUCAGCUAUACCCAAGCUCAGACCACUGCGACUUACGGGCAGACCGCCUAUGCGACUUCUUAUGGACAGCCUCCCACUGGUUAUACUACUCCAACUGCUCCCCAGGCGUACAGCCAGCCUGUCCAGGGGUAUGGCACUGGUGCUUAUGAUACCACCACUGCUACAGUCACCACCACCCAGGCCUCAUAUGCAGCUCAGUCUGCUUAUGGCACUCAGCCUGCUUACCCAGCCUAUGGGCAGCAGCCGGCAGCUACCGUACCUACAAGACCUCAAGAUGGUAACAAACCUGCUGAGACUAGUCAACCUCAGUCUAGCACAGGGGGUUGCAACCAACCCAGCCUAGGAUACGGACAAAGUAACUACAGUUAUCCCCAGGUACCUGGGAGUUACUCCAUGCAGCCAGUCACCGCACCUCCAUCCUACCCUCCUACCAGCUAUUCCUCUACACAGCCGACUAGUUAUGAUCAGAGCAGUUACUCUCAGCAGAACACCUAUGGGCAGCCAAGCAGCUAUGGACAGCAGAGUAGCUAUGGUCAACAAAGCAGCUAUGGGCAGCAGCCUCCCACUAGUUACCACCCCCCCCCAACUGGAUCCUACAGCCAGGCUCUAAGUCAAUAUGGCCAACAGAGCAGCAGCUACGGGCAGCAGAGUUCAUUCCGACAGGACCACCCCAGUAGCAUGAGUGUUUAUGGGCAGGAGUCUGGAGGAUUUUCCGGACCAGGAGAGAACCGGGGCAUGAGUGGCCCUGAUAAUCGGGGCAGGGGAAGAGGGGGAUUUGAUCGUGGAGGCAUUAGCAGAAGUGGGCGGGGAGGAGGACGCGGUGGAAUGGGCGCUGGAGAGCGAGGUGGCUUCAAUAAGCAUGGUGGACCCAUGGAUGAAGGACCAGAUUUUGAUCUAGGCCCACCCGUAGAUCCAGAUGAAGACUCUGACAACAGUGCAAUUUAUGUGCAAGGAUUAAAUGACAAUGUGACUCUAGAUGAUCUGGCAGACUUCUUUAAGCAAUGUGGGGUUGUUAAGAUGAACAAGAGAACUGGGCAACCCAUGAUCCACAUCUAUCUGGACAAGGAAACGGGAAAGCCCAAAGGUGAUGCCACAGUGUCCUAUGAAGACCCACCAACUGCCAAGGCUGCUGUGGAAUGGUUUGAUGGGAAAGACUUUCAAGGGAGCAAACUUAAAGUCUCUCUUGCUUGGAAGAAGCCUCCGAUGAACAGCAUGAGGGGUGGUAUGCCACCCCGUGAGGGCAGAGGGGUGCCACCACCGCUCCAUGGAGGUCCAGGAGGCCCAGGAGGUCCUGGGGGACCCAUGGAUCGCAUGGGAGGCUGUGGAGGAGAUAGAGGAGGUUUCCCUCCAAGGGGGCCCUGAGGCUCUCGAGGGAACCCCUCCGGAGGAGGCAAUGUCCAACACCGAGCUGGAGACUGGCAGUGUCCCAAUCUGGAUUGUGGAAACCAGAACUUCACGUGGAGAACAGAAUGCAACCAGUGUAAGGCCCCGAAGCCUGAAGGCUUCCUCCCACCACCCUUCCCGCCCCCGGGUGGUGAUCGUGGCAGAGGUGGCCGUGGUGGCAUGCGGGGUGGAAGAGAAGGCCUCAUGGAUCAUGGCGGCCCUGAUGGCAUGUUCAGAGGUGGCCGUGGUAGAGACAGAGGUGGCUUCCAUGGUGGCCGGGGCAUGGACCGAGGUGGCUUUGGUGGAGGAAGACGAGGUGGCCCUGGGGGGCCCCCUGGACCUUUGAUGGAACAGAUGGGAGGAAGAAGAGGCAGACGUGGAGGACCUGGAAAAAUGGAUAAAGGCGAGCACCGUCAGGAGUGCAGAGACCGGCCUACUAGACACAGAGACCCCACAGAGCUGCAUUGACUACCAGAUUUAUUUUUUAAACCAGAAAAUGUUUUAAAUUUAUAACUCCAUAUUUAUAAUGUUGGCCACAACAUUAUGAUUAUUCCUUGUCUGUACUUUAGUAUUUUUCACCAUUUGUGAAGAAACAUUAAAACAAGUUAAAUGGUAA